GAGAGCGGUCGACGCCAUUGCGCGGCAAAACUUCGCACGCCAUUGCGAUUCGAAAUUCAAACGCGCUGACAGUUAUACUUUUUUAUUGAUAUUCAAAUAAUUGGCCCAACGCAUCAUUAUUUUUUUCUCAUUAAAAAUAGUUUGUUUUUUCUUCUCUAUAAUGUUGUGCUUUUAAUUUUAAUUUGACAGUACUUUAAUAGUGGAAGUGUUCGGACGUUUCGGAGUUGUUCGGAGCCUGAAAUUAAAUUUUGAGAAUUUUCUACAGAACUUGCUCCAGUUUUAGAUAUAAUGUGAAGGCAACAACCGGUUAGAGAUAAACUUCUGAAACUCGUAACUCGAACCAGAAACAUGAGAAGGAGAAGCUAGAACCAACGAUGAAAUAGAAAUUAUUAGUUAGCGGAACAUACGAAUUUACACAAAUAUGCUUUAAAUAAACCACCAUGGAGUCCACCGAAGACGAGUUCUACAGCAUAUGCCUGAACCUGACCAGCGAGGAGAUAGCUAGCUUAGGAGGCUGCAACUACAGCGCAGAGUUUGAAAACGGGGAGUUACUGGAAAAAGUCGUAUCCAGGGUGGUACCUAUCUUCUUCGGCUUCAUCGGAAUAGUUGGUCUCGUCGGCAAUGCUCUGGUCGUCCUCGUGGUCGCAGCCAACCCCGGCAUGCGAUCGACGACCAACCUCCUAAUAAUAAAUCUGGCAGUAGCUGACCUUCUGUUCGUGAUAUUCUGCGUACCCUUCACCGCUACAGACUACGUCAUGCCACGAUGGCCGUUCGGAGAUUGGUGGUGUAAGGUGGUGCAGUACUUUAUAGUGGUGACGGCGCACGCGUCGGUGUAUACCCUCGUGCUGAUGUCCCUGGACAGAUUCAUGGCGGUGGUCCACCCCAUAGCGUCCAUGUCGAUACGAACAGAGAAGAACGCGCUGCUGGCGAUAGCGUGCAUAUGGGUGGUGAUCCUCACCACGGCGAUCCCGGUGGGGAUAUGCCACGGGGAGAGAGAGUACUCCUACUUCCACAGGAAUCACUCGUCGUGCGUCUUCCUGGAGGAGCAGGGGUACAGCAAGCUGGGCUUCCAGAUGUCCUUCUUCCUGUCGUCAUAUGUGAUACCGUUGACUCUGAUAAGCGUGUUGUAUAUGUGUAUGCUGACGCGGCUGUGGAAGAGUGCGCCGGGGGGCAGGGUGUCGGCGGAGAGCAGGAGAGGAAGGAAGAAGGUGACGAGGAUGGUGGUGGUGGUGGUCGUGGUGUUCGCCGUCUGCUGGUGUCCCAUACAGAUAAUACUCCUGGUGAAGGCGCUGGACGCGUACAACAUCACGUACUUUACGGUGACGGCGCAGAUCGUGUCGCACGUGCUGGCGUACAUGAACAGCUGCGUCAACCCCGUGCUGUACGCCUUCCUGUCGGAGAACUUCCGAGUGGCGUUCCGGAAGGUAAUGUACUGUCCGCCACCAUACUCCGAAGCGAUGGGCCGGCCGCAGCCAACCAAGACGACUCGUGCUGGCAACGGCAACUCCUGUCAUGACAUCGUGUGAGACUCCUCCCGCCGCACGCACGCCGAGCAGGCCACGGCCGUGUAGUGCGGUAUACAACAUCACGGCAAUAGCAACAUCUGUCAUGACAUCGUGUGAGACUCCACCCGCCGCACGCACGCCGAGC